AUGCAGCUGUCUGGGACUUUGUUGCUGCCAGCGGCCCCGUUACUGACAAGGGGAACGAGGACGCCACUGCGGAGCAAGGCUCUGCCGCCAUCCCUGACCGUUGCCAGUGCAGCUGCGCUGGCAACGCUAACGGCGCAUGUAGGGGUGCGCUUGCAGGCGAGCAAGAGGCCACCCUCGAAUUUCCGUCCUGGCAGACGAAGGGCGAAGGUGCAGCUCGCAGCCUCCAAGCACUACGAGGUCAUUCCCCGAGAAGGCUGUGCAUUCGGGGCCUCCGUGCGGGGCUUCAGCGUCAAAGAGGCCCUGAAUGACGCAGCGGUGAUGGAGCAGAUCCGCUCGGACAUGUACAAAUACCGGCUGCUGAUUUUCCAUGGGCAGACCGACCUGUUGCCGGAGGACCACAUUAAACUGAGUGAGCAUCUAGGCUCACUAGAGCACAUCCUUCAUCGGCCGCACCCGAAGUCGCCGGAUCCUCGGCUGCUUCGUGUGGCCAACGACGACCGAGAAGGCUUCAUGUCGGUGGGCACUAGUGGUUGGCACGUGGAUGGUGUAAUGCUCCAAGCGCCGUUUGCUGCCCAGACUAUGCACCAUUUGCAUGCCAUACCUGGUGGCGAUACCAUGUUUCUGGGCCUCAACGAGCUGCUGGAGUCAAUGGAUGAAGAGCUCCGGGCUCUCUGUGAACGCUUGUGGUUCGUGUCAGGUGUCGGGGAGGACCUGCAGCAGGGUGAAGGACAGAUGUCAAUGUUGCCCCUGGUGUACAAGCACCCCUUCACCGGGGAGAAGACCAUGUGCUUCCACUUGGGUCAGACAUACUGCCUGGGCUUCGUGGAGGAGAUCGCCUUGAAUGCAUUUCUGGAGGCGUUUGCAGACGUUAUGACUCGGGGAGACAAGCUCUUCAAGGAUGCACGCUCAUCGUUGCAACGGGUCCUUGCCGGACCAGAGGACAACUGCCCAUCCAAUUUUCGGUUUUUGCCGGCUCUGCCUGUGCAGGAUGCGCUGCAGAAAGCCAUUGACGGGAUGGACCCGGAAACUCACCGCCGAAGCAUUCUGCGAGUAGAGUGGGACAGAGGCGACUUGGCGCUGAUUGACAACAUGGGCUUGGCACACCUUCCGGCCCCUGGCACCCAGUCACUGCCUCUCAUCAGUGGACUUCGGGUUUUCCAUCGGACCACGAUGAUAAACCCAGAGGCAGUGGUCCGAAACCUUCGAGGUGCUCCGUCUGUUCUGCUCGGAGGCAAGAGGCGAGACGGCCCGAUAUCAGACGAAGCCGUUGAGGAUUUGGAUGCCAUGGGUGCUAUUCUCCGAGCUCUGAUGGCAGCGGCACCCAUAAACGAAGACGAGUUGGGAGGCGACCAGAGAGGUGGGGAUUUGCAGAUUCCAAAGAACGUGCCGGCAAGAGAGGAAGCUUUGCGGGCUCUAGAAGAAGCCCAGCAACCUCUAGACAUGCUGAAAGACGUGGAUGCAGAGCUGCAGGCCGCCACAAACCAAGGCAAGGAGACCCUCACGAAGACGCUGAAGAGGCUGAUGAUGGAGUACCAUCCUGAUCGGAACCAGAAUCGCGAGAAGGAGAUCAUCCCCAUAUUCAAGCCACCGGCCAGCCUAUACCAGAGGUAUCUUCGCCGGCUUCGCAAGGAGCAGGGGCGGCCAGCGAGCGUCAUGGCGCAGACCAAGGCCUAG